CACGGGGCCGGCCUUCCUGCAGCCUCUUCCGCUCGCCGGCUGAGGUGCCUGGGAAGGUUGCAGUGGGUCUGGGCGCUGGGAAGUGGUCCAAGAUGAUUAAAAAAUUCGACAAGAAGGACGAGGAGUCUGGCAGUGGCUCCAAUCCUUUUCGGCAUCUGGAGAAGAGUGCGGUCUUACAGGAGGCUCGUCUGUUCAAUGAAACGCCCAUCAAUCCAAGAAGAUGUUUGCAUAUUCUUACAAAGAUUCUCUACUUACUGAACCAGGGUGAACACUUUGGAACUACAGAAGCCACAGAAGCCUUCUUUGCAAUGACUCGAUUGUUUCAAUCAAAUGAUCAAAUACUGAGACGGAUGUGCUACCUUACCAUCAAAGAAAUGGCUAACAUCUCUGAGGAUGUGAUCAUCGUCACAAGCAGUCUGACCAAGGACAUGACAGGAAAGGAAGACGUGUACCGAGGCCCAGCCAUCAGGGCCCUCUGCAGAAUCACCGACGGAACAAUGCUGCAGGCCAUUGAGAGAUACAUGAAGCAGGCCAUUGUGGACCGAGUCUCCAGUGUGUCCAGCUCGGCGUUGGUGUCUGCCUUACAUAUGAUGAAGAUAAGCUACGAUGUGGUUAAGCGCUGGGUCAAUGAAGCCCAAGAAGCUGCUUCAAGUGAUAAUAUUAUGGUCCAGUACCAUGCAUUGGGAGUCCUAUAUCACCUUAAAAAGAAUGAUCGCCUUGCAGUUUCUAAGAUGUUAAAUAAGUUUACUAAGUCUGGGCUCAAGUCACAGUUUGCUUACUGCAUGCUGAUCCGAAUUGCCAGUCGUUUACUAAAAGAAAACGAAGAGGGCCACGAAAGUCCACUCUUUGAUUUCAUUGAGAGCUGCUUGCGAAAUAAGCAUGAAAUGGUUAUUUAUGAAGCUGCUUCAGCUAUCAUCCAUCUUCCUAACUGUACUGCAAGAGAGUUGGCUCCUGCUGUUUCAGUUCUUCAGUUGUUCUGUAGCUCUCCUAAGCCAGCUUUGAGAUAUGCAGCUGUGAGGACCUUGAACAAGGUGGCAAUGAAGCACCCCUCUGCUGUUACUGCCUGCAAUCUGGACUUAGAAAACUUGAUCACAGACUCAAACAGAAGCAUUGCCACCCUGGCCAUUACUACUCUCCUCAAAACAGGCAGUGAGAGCAGUGUGGACAGACUCAUGAAGCAGAUAUCUUCUUUUGUGUCUGAAAUCUCAGAUGAGUUCAAGGUGGUGGUUGUGCAGGCAAUUAGUGCUCUCUGUCAGAAAUACCCUCGAAAGCACAGCGUCAUGAUGACUUUCCUCUCCAACAUGCUCCGAGAUGAUGGAGGCUUCGAAUAUAAGCGGGCCAUUGUGGACUGCAUCAUCAGCAUUGUGGAAGAGAACCCUGAGAGCAAAGAAGCAGGUCUAGCUCACCUCUGCGAAUUCAUUGAGGACUGUGAACACACUGUUCUGGCGACAAAGAUUCUACACUUGUUGGGCAAAGAGGGCCCCAGAACGCCUGUCCCGUCCAAGUACAUUCGCUUCAUUUUCAACAGGGUCGUACUGGAGAAUGAGGCUGUCAGAGCUGCUGCUGUGAGUGCUUUGGCUAAAUUUGGGGCUCAGAAUGAGAAUCUUCUUCCAAGCAUCCUCGUACUCUUACAAAGGUGUAUGAUGGAUACUGAUGAUGAGGUACGGGACAGAGCUACCUUCUAUCUGAAUGUGCUGCAGCAGAGGCAGAUGGCACUGAAUGCUACAUAUAUCUUCAAUGGUCUGACAGUCUCUGUACCAGGGAUGGAGAAGGCCUUACACCAGUACACACUGGAGCCCUCGGAGAAACCCUUUGACAUGAAGUCUGUUCCUCUUGCUAUGGCUCCUGUCUUUGAGCAAAAAGCAGAAAUUGCACUUAUGGCUACCAAACCAGAGAAGUUGGCUCCUUCCAGGCAAGACAUUUUCCAAGAACAAUUGGCUGGUAUUCCUGAAUUUAUGAAUCUAGGACCCUUAUUCAAGUCUUCUGAGCCUGUUCAACUCACAGAAGAAGAGACAGAAUAUUUUGUUCGUUGUAUCAAGCACACAUUUACCAAUCACAUUGUGUUCCAGUUUGACUGUACCAACACUCUCAAUGACCAGCUACUGGAGAAAGUGACAGUGCAGGUGGAACCGUCUGAUUCCUAUGAAGUGCUGUGUUGUAUCCCAGCCCCCAGCCUCACUUACAAUCAACCCGGAAUAUGUUACACUCUUGUCCGUUUGCCUGAUGAUGACUCUUCAGCAGCUGCAGGCAGCUUUAGCUGCACCAUGAAGUUCACUGUCCGGGACUGCGACCCUGACACCGGAACUCCAGCUGAGGAGGGGUAUGAGGACGAGUAUGUGCUGGAAGACCUGGAAGUGAAUCUGUCUGACCACAUUCAGAAGGUUCUGAAGCCUAACUUUGCUGCUGCCUGGGAAGAAGUGGGAGAUACUUAUGAGAAAGAGGAGACCUUUGCCCUCAGUUCUACCAAAACUCUUGAAGAAGCUGUCAACAACAUCAUCACAUUCCUGGGCAUGCAGCCAUGUGAGAGGUCAGACAAAGUACCCGAGAACAAGAACUCCCACUCCCUCUAUCUGGCAGGUGUGUACAGAGGUGGCUAUGAUUUACUGGUAAGGUCCAGGCUGGCCUUAGCAGAUGGCGUGACCAUGCAGGUGACUGUCAGAAGCACAGAGGAAACACCUGUAGAUGUUAUCUUGGCUUCUGUUGGAUAAGUUUUUACUGGGCAAGAUGACGUUGAUGCACUUCACUGUCAGCGGGCUUUCAGGCUAGUGGCAUGAAUUUCCCAGAAUCAUACUUUCAAAGAUUAUGAUUUUGGAGAAGCAAAUUAAAUGUGUGGCCCUGAGCCAGCAGACCAAGCCAGUGUCUGUCCUCGUGCAUGUCUUUGUUCUGUUUCCCCUUCUGUACACUGGUCAGCUCUGGUGCGACAGUGCGUCUCUGGGUGAACUGAAAGAGCAAAUACUGCCCUGUGUCCCAGCUGCUUAAUUUCAUUAUAUUCUUUAAUUUAAUGUGUCUGAAAGCUCCUGGCAAUGUUGGAAAGCUUUUAUCCCAGAGGGGUGGUGGGGGAGGGGAAGGCAGAGUCCGCUUUUGUCAAAAGUCAUUUUUAUUAAUAGAAAAUAAACACUUAUUCCACUUUCAGUUGUUAUACUUGAAGUUGCUAAUUUUAAAAAGAAGAAUUUAAAAUAAUCACUUAAUAAUACUGUUUGGACCUAAACAAUGAAAUCUGUGGCUU